CUUAUGUUGUUUAUUUUCUUUGUAAGCCGCCCCGAGGCUUUCUGCGAUGGGGGUGGCAUAAAAAUGCUAUAAAUAGAUAGAUAGAUAGAUAGAUAGAUAGAUAGAUAGAUAGAUAGUAGCUACUGAUAAUCUGCUCCUCCAUAAAUCUGACCAAUCCCCUUUUAAAGCAAUCCAAAUUGGUGGCCAUCACCACUUCCCACAACAGCAAAUUCCAUAAUUUUACUAUUUGAUGUGUGAAGAAGUGCUUCCUUUUAUCUGUCUUAAACCUUCCACCCAUCAGCUUCAUAAGAAGAUCCCAGGUUUUAGUGUUAUGGGAGGGGGGUAAUCUUUCCCUCUCCACUUUCUCUACACCAUGAAUUAUUUUAAAUGUCUCUAUCAUGUCUCCCCUUAACUUGCCUUUUUUCUGAGCCGCACAGUUUCAGUUGUGGUACCCACUCCUCACAGGAGAGUUGCUCCAAACCCUUAAUAAUUUUUAUUGCCUUUCUCUGUACUUUUUCUAACCCAGUAAUGUACUUUUUCAGGUAAGGCAACCAGCACUGAACACAAUAUUCUAAGUAUGGUUGUACUAAAGAUUUGUAUAUGAGUAGUAAGAUUUUAUCAGUUCAAUUAUCUAUUCUGUUCCUAAUCAUGCCUGGCAUGGAGUAUGACUUUUUUAUAGCAGCUGUGCACUGAGAGAACAUUUUCAUUGAGCUGUCAAUCACUACCCCAAGAUCCCUUUCUUGUUCAAUCACUGCCACCUCAGAUCCCAUCAUUGUAUACUUGAAGUUGGGAUUUUUAUGGCCCAACAUGCAUUACUUUACAUUUGCUUACACUGAGCUGCAUUAGCCAUUUUGAUGGCCUUUCUCUCAUCUUGGAGACAUCCCUUUGGAAUGCCUCACAAUCCCUUUUGGUUUUUAGCCACCCUAAAUAGUUUGGUGUCAUCAGCAAAUGUGAUCAAUUAAUUGCUUAUUCUUAAUUCCAAAUCAUUUGUAAAUAGGUUGAAAAGCAUUGGUCCUAAUACAUAACCCUGUGGGACUCUACUAUUUACAUCUCUCCAUUGGGAGAAAUUGCUGUUUAUCCCCACUCUCUGCCUUCUGUUCUUUCUCCAGUUAGUGAUCCAUAAGGAGGCCCUCUCUUUUAUUCCAUGACUCCUUAGUUUGCUCACCAGGCUUUGGUGAGUGACAGGGUUUCUCCUGAGCCUUUUGGAAAUUCAAGUACUAGAUUGUCAAUAGGCAAGCAGACAGGGCAUUCUCAAAGAACUGCAAUAGGUUAGUGAGAAAAGGACUUCCCGUUCAGAAGCCAUGCUCUUUUUCAGUAGGCUUGUCCUUUUCUGUGCCUACUGACUCUAUCUUUAACAAUGCUUUAACCAAUUUGUCCUGGUUCCCUGGGUCCCUUGUCCAACAAUCUAACCACCACAUCCUAACUCAAAAUAUUAUUUUAUCAAACUGGUUUUUUAGACUGAAGCACUUCCACCUCAAUCUUACAUUGCUGCAAGGUUAGCACACUGCAAAAUUUAUACUACAGGUUGUUAAAAAAUAAUAAAAGUAGUCUGAGGUCAACCCCAGUCUGAAGAAAUCUGGAAUAUAAAGGGAGAAAUAGAAUGAGGAAGUAUGGAAACUAUGGCUAGUUAGCCAGGCAUUACGGUGUCAGAAAAAGGGACAUUCAUUGGCCCUUGGCAGAAUCCUAGAUAAAGAUUCAAAAGAUUGAAGAGCCAAUGUACUAUAGUGCUUAGGAAGUUGGAAAGGCACUUGGAAGACCUGGUUUGUAGUCCUCACUUGGCCACGAAGCUCAAUGGGAGACUGGGUCAUUUACUGACUCUCAGCCUAACCUAACUCUCGAUUAUUGUGAGAAUGCAAUAGAGAGGCUGUUCAUUCAUGUUGCCUUGAGCUUCCUGGAGAAAAGAUGCAAUAUAAAAGAAAUACAUUAAUCAGAGUUGAACCAAUGGGAACUUCUCUCCUAAACCUUAUAGAAGGCACAGGUGUUGGAUAGGUCAAUAUUGGGAUGGGUUUUUGCUGUUCACAUGGCAAAAUAGCAAAGAAUUAAAUCUUUUCUCCCCACAUGACAUGGCCCCAGUGAAAACUGACCCCCCAUCUGCUCUUAAUUAAAAAUACUGAUAUGGUUCUGAGUGACUUAUUCACUCUGAGUGGCAUUAAGAAAAUAAGCAUGUCUAAAGUGACUCUUAGCCUUGCAUAAAGAUGAAAUGUAAUACCUGUGGAAAUAUUAUGCAGGAAAAUGGGGAGUUUAUACCAUAUUAAUUCCAAAGCAUAUAUGUAAUAUCAAAACAAUGUAAAAUCUCUUAAGGGGACUAGGUGGAAUUAUUAAUUGGAGUAGUUUGUUUUUCUGUCACUAAUGUGAUGUGUUGUGGUUUGUGUAAAGGAAAAACAGAUGAGACAAACAUAGUUCAGAUAAAUAUUCUCAUAUACCUUUCAUUUUCUUUAAUGAAAAGUAUUUCGGACUUGAAAGUCUUUUAUAAUCUUGGAAAAAGCCUUUUUUUUGGGAACUGUAAAAUUUGACUGGGUACAAUAAAGUCGUGUCCACACGAAUACAUGAAAGAUCAAUUCUUUUCUUUCUCUUGAAUAUAGUUUUGCAAAACAUCCAUGAAAGCAUUUCCUGCAUUUAUUAUGAAGAUAAUAAGACUCUUAUAUGCAAUUGGAUUAAUGGAAGAAAUAUAGAUCCUGAAGCAAACUUCACUCUCACUACCGAAGGAUGUCACUCAGGAAUAAAAAUAAUAUGCAAAAGCAGAAAUGGUGCAUGUUCCUUCACCAAGCCUCCACUCGCCCCGUUUUUGGUUCGAGUGAAGUCAAGCCCAAGCCUCCUCUGAUAACUAGACUAGAAGCCGUUCCAGGGCAGAAGCAGAUGCUGAGAGUUUCCUGGCAGAAGACACCUAAAAGAAUACAUGCUAAGUGCGAGAUUCAGUACAGCUGCGUAACAAAAAAUCACUCGCAAACUGUUGAAACAAUAGCAGGAGAAGAAGAAACAUCCUUUAAUAUUACUAACCUCUGGGAUUUUGCAAAUUAUACUGUUGUCAUUCGGUGCAUUCCAAAUAAUUCAAUUUUCUGGAGUGAUUGGAGUCAUGAGGCAACUCAAAGAACAGAAGAACAAGCUCCUUUGAAAGUAGACUUGUGGAGAGUAAUUGAAUCUAAUCAUUCCACUGGAACACGAAUUGUGCAUCUUUUGUGGAAGGAUGAUAAAGAAUUCCCAAGUUCAGGAAUAAUAGAUGAGUAUGUUGUAAAGUACUGUACAAAAAACAACACUUGUAAAAAAGAAGAAAAACUUCAUGAAAAGAAAUUCACCCUUAACCUGACAGGGGAAGCCUGUGAGAUCAGUGUUGUUGCUUGUAAUAAAAAGGGAGACUCCCCUGCGGCUGUUUUGAGAAUUCCAUCGGUACAAGAAGAAAGUGCGGAUCAUCAAAGGAUUUUUAGACUGAAUGUUUCUGCCUUAAAGGAACAGUUGUCUGUGACAUGGGAAACGACCGAUUUAGAAAUAGAUGGUUAUAUUGUGGAAUGGUAUAAUAGGAUGGAGAGAUCAUGGCAGAAAAUAGGCAAUGUCACAAAAUGGACAUCUCCAAAAGAAGCCUUCAGUUCCUCAAGAUAUUACAACAUUUCGGUAUAUCCCUUGCAUAAAGGCGAAAUAAAAUCUCCAACCUGCAUUGAAAUAGAUAUGUAUGAAUUCUUACCAGGUCUUUCGGCUAAAGCAGAAAACAUCAGUAAAAAUGAGGCUACCAUAAAGUGGGAGAAAAUUGAAGAAAGAAAAAUAAAUAAUUCUUCUGUUAACUACACUAUAUUUUAUAAAGCUGAAAAUGGAAAAGAACUAGGUUUACCAAUGAGUGCUGGUGCUCUAGAAUACCGACUGAAGUCCUUGCAGCCUAACACCAAGUACACCGUUUGGGUUAUGGCAAGCACCGCUAAUGGCAAUAAGAAUGGAACAGCAACCACCUUUGUCACCAAAAUAUUUAGUGAGAUAGAUGUUAUUCUUAUAGGUGUUGCUGCUGGAAUGUUCAUUCUGUGUCUGCUAACCAUUGGGAUGUUGUGGGGUCUGAAAAGACAGACAAUAAAAAGAAUUUGUUGGCCCCGGAUACCGUAUCCUGUCAUAACAGAUCCUGUAGAACAUAAUUUGCCUUUGCAGGCAGCAGAUCUGAACAAUUUUAUCUCUGACACUGACACACUCAUCAGUCUUUUGGAUACAAAUGUUCAUAGCAAGGAACACGAUGGAUUGCAGUUGCCGAAUCAGAAAAACAUCCUUAAACAGGCAAACGAUCCUGCAAAAGAUCUGGUUGGCAGCCAUGAGAUUUUGAUCAGUGGAGAAGACAAAGCUAUGCAAACUUUUCUACCAGCAUUCUCUCUAGAGCAUGAUAUUUGGAAUCAAGCACUUCAGUCUCUGAAAAUGGAUUUCAAAGAUUUUGAAAAUGAGGAAGCUCAAGAUCAGUCAAAUCUGAAUGGGAAAACUAGUGUCAACCCAUAUUUGAAAAAUUCAGUCCAUACAAGGGAGUUCCUGGUGUCUGAGAACUCAGGCCGAAGUACAAAAGGCACUAAUACCCAGCCUGGUGCCUUGGCCUCUUGCUUACCAAACGGCGCAGAGCAGUCUUAUGUGACACUGGACACAUUUAAACUCUUCCCAAAUACGAAUGCAUUUCAGUGUGCUUAAAAUGCCCCUGUUUUGAUUAGCUUGCUUUCAAGAAGCUUUCCACUUCCACAGUCCUGCUAUCCAUCCAAAGUGAGCCUUGCUGCGUCUUCAUUUAAACUUAACAGAGUCCUCUUAAGAACUACAUAUAGUUUCAACUGCUGUCAAGCUGUCGAUGCUACAUUUUACAGUUUGCUAGCGGAAACAAAGAAGUAUAACUUGCAUUAAAUGUUGUCUUCUCCAGACAGCUCUGCAUUUCCGAACAAAGAGUAGAGAUCAACAAAAGUGAAGAAGGUGGAUUGUGAACUUUAAUUGAACAAAAGGAGACAUUGUCAUGAGUUGUGGCACUCUGAGUUUUUCCUGUUGUUCUGCCCUAUAGCCUACCUCAAAGUGUACCUUUUAUUUUAAGCCAAAGGGUCAAAAUAUAUUUUUAAAAAUCUUAUCACUACCACCCCACUGCUCCGGAAUGCCAGAGCACUUUCUUAGCAACCUCUUAUGAACAGUCUCAGUAUCAGCUCAGUAUCCAGUCUGGUAAGCAGACGCAAACACAACAUAGUUAAGGCAUGCACUGGGGACUCAGCUGUAAGGCACUGAUGUUUUUCCCUCCAAAUGCAGUGGUUGCGCUGUGGGUGUGCAUUAGUAAAUACAACACUGUAUCCUCUGCAUUUCUAAGAUGAUAUGCCAUAUACCAGAGCACAGUAUCUGAAUUGUGAAGAAAGUAUGAACUCGAAAGUAUGUUUUACUAUUUGUGUUUAUAGUGUGAACACAAGUCACGGUGCUGCAAAGGCAGGAGGUGAGAGCUCUGCUACUAUUUUGGGUUGCUUUUUUAAAUCAUUCCAGUAACUGCACCUUUGCAGCUUUGGAAGAAUGCAGGCUUAGAAGGAAACCAUGUGGUUAUUCACAGCUAUGUAGCUCUGUAAGUACACAGUGGGAGUUGGCUUAAAAACAUGGAUUUUCUGCCUGUAAAUCCCUCCUCCUGCCCUAGAUCAGCUCAGACCAAAGAUUUAAACUUGCUAGAAACGGACUCUUUAUAGGUGCCAGUCCUGCUGCUGCCUACACCCUAUUUCCUUUGUUUUUCAAUGCUCUUUUCUGUUGUUUGAAGGAGGUGUAACAGCCCUACAUCCAGCCAGCCCACUUUGUCCACCUGUCUGGUAAGAGUUUUAAUACCCCUCCAUUGGAGGAUGCAUGAUGGUCAUGCGGAAGAAUUGCAAUCAGAAAAAAAAAAAUAGAAGCCAUGGAAAUAGCUUAAGAAGCAGAGGGGAAGAUCACUUCAGGGCAAUGAGUUGGGGCAGAAGGAAGAUCCCAUCGUUUCUCCUGCUCCUCCUCUCCCAAGUUUUGCACUUUGAAAUGUGUGGGACUCUUCUUUGGUCUGGGAGUUGGCCAGCUUGUCCACCUCUCCCCUCUUGGCAUCCUUUGGCCCAGAAGGAUGGGGAGGCAAUGCAGCUCCCAGGCUCAGCAUGUUUCCCCACCCCUAGGUUGGAUAGUGCAUUGUGUGUUGCAGUGCUGAGAUAGGCGACGUGUGGAAAAACAAAUGUCAACGCAUACAUUGUAAAUGAAAAUGUAGGAAUUUGUGAUGAGGGAGAAGAUUUACAUGACAUUUUAAAGGGAAAAAUACUUUGGAAGUAGCAAAACUUGAAAAUAGUAUUUGCCUAACAUAAAUCUUUUCUAGCUGCCUUUCUUCACUAGUGAUGCCAGAAGAGUAUGCAGUAUAAAUAUAUAAUUUAAAUAUGUGAGCCUACUUAGAAAAAAAGCUGCUUAUAUUGCUCGUCAUGGAAUAUUGCCAUUGUGCUGUAUCUUGUGUUUCAAGCCUUUUCAGGGUAGAAGUGGACAUGCUACCUGGGGUUGUAUGUAAACAUGCACUUAAAGAAUAACUGCUUUCCACCUUGAAGCUCAGCUGUUCAAAUCUCCUGCAUCCCAUCUGACUUUAAAGACUUAUCAUGAGUGCCCAAAAGGUCGCUUUAAAAGCAAAGCAUGGAAAUCUAGCCAAAUCAUAGAAUGAUAGGUGGAGGUUUUGCAAAGACGGGUGCAAUGGUGGUUGCGUGGCAACAUGGCCGCAAUCGUGGUCGUCACCCACUGAAGUUUACGAACUCAGGCAAAUUUUUUCUGAAAUUUCUGUUUGCCACCUGAUCUGGUCAUGAACUGAGGCAUUCGUGAGCUGGGGUACCACUGUAGUUUGAAUACUGCUGAUCAUUUGGGUCCAUUUUUUCAUCCUCUACAAUGUUCAGUGGUUUACAGGCAGCCACACUGGGUUGUGCUGUCCAAGUCUUAAAACACUUUGGGCCUAAGCUACAGGACCACCUCCUCCUGUACCAGCUUGGCCAGACCUCUGAGGUCUGUAACUGCUGUGCUCCUCCCCAGCCCACAGCCAAGGAUGGUGUGUUCCAAGGCUGUCUUACUGGUGGUUUCCAGGUCUGGAAUUCAUUCUUGUCAGUUCUCUGCAUGUUUCUAGAACGAGGAUUGCCUUUUCUAUGGUCUUUGUGUUGAGGGUUUUUAUUGGCAAUGUUUUUACACUAUUGAAUUAUAUUUAUUUUGUAUUAUAUCAUUUUUAUCUUGUAACCUUCCCUGAAAUCAUUCUAUUAUUAAAGUUUCCCUAAAAUAA